UCCUUUUCUCUGCAACUACCACUGAUCUAGCUAUAUAUAUACACACACACACUUGUUAUGGCAAAUCUGUCGGAUCCUCUUGUGGUUGGGAGAGUGAUUGGAGAUGUAAUUGAUUAUUUCACUCCAAAUGUGAAAAUGACUGUCACUUAUAACUCCAACAAGCAGGUUUAUAAUGGCCACGAGCUUUUCCCAUCUGCUGUCACUCAUAAACCUAAAGUUGAGGUCCAUGGUGGUGAUAUGAGAUCUUUUUUCACCCUGGUCAUGACAGACCCAGAUGUUCCAGGACCUAGUGAUCCAUACCUGAGGGAGCACCUACACUGGAUAGUAACUGAUAUCCCAGGCACCACAGAUGCCACAUUCGGAAGGGAAGUAGUGAGCUAUGAGAUGCCAAGGCCUAACAUCGGGAUCCACAGGUUUGUUUACAUUCUUUUCAGGCAGAAAGGAAGACAAACAGUGAGCACACCAUCCUCAAGGGACAAAUUUAACACGAGGAAAUUUGCUGAAGAAAAUGAGCUUGACCUGCCGGUAGCAGCUGUCUUCUUCAAUGCUCAAAGGGAAACAGCUGCAAGGAGACGUUGAGAUCUAAAGGGUACUUCCAAGAAGAAGAUUCAACAAUAACCAUGCAUUGUCAUGCCCUGCUAUUGUACUUCAUGCAGCAGGAGAAGGAAAAAAGAACACUUAAUUAAGUAAUUAGUAUUUAUGGAUGGUUUAAGCUAUGAAUAAUAUAACAGUUCAGAUCAAUAUUGCAAUAUUAUCGUUGAGUGAAAUAGUGGUUACCCUAAGAGUAAUUAAGACCUCUCUCUUAUAUAUUAUCUUUGUAUUCUUAGCAAUUUCUACUGAUAAUAAAAAUAGAGGGAAACCUCAAGCAUAUUUAUGAUUUCAUUAUCAA